AUGCGGCCUUGGGCAGAAACGAGACAGCGUGCACCCAUCCUUCACCCAGCCUGUGUCCCUGGUAUUGAGGGGCGUCUUUUCCUGGGCUGGGCUGCGCUGGAAGUGGUGGCUCUGCAGGGAACAAUGGAAUAGGGGGGCUGGAAAGAUGCCUCCUCCUCCGAACUGCCUCAAGUGCUUUUGUUGGAUCCUUUUUGGUUUUUCCCGGAAAAGGAUCACCUUCUUUCUCUAAGAUUCCAGUCCAGGAAGGGGAAAAACCUUGUUCACUCAGCCUACAGAGGAGGUCAGUGCGGGGGCAAUUCCGUCAGACCAGCGCUUCCCUUUGUCCCAGCCCCCAGCACUUCAGGCCAGACCCGCUGACACUCGACAGCGCCUGCAGUUUACCUUGGCUCGGUUCCAGUGAGUUCGAGCCCAGCCCUGGGGCGGCCCCCACCUCUCCACCUUGUUACGCCUUCCCACCCUCCUCUGCAGCGCAAAGAGCAGUUUAAAUAUAAAUCAGUCCUCAGCACAAACAGAGCUUGGGCGGCGAGUCUCAGAGCCAUCACCGGAACCGAGGGCCCAGGUUUGCGGAGCGAGUGCAGACACGCAGAGCCCGGCUCUGGACAAUCCCAAGAGCCGCGGAGACUCUUUGCUCCCUUCCUCCAAGUGGAGACCAGCGCCCCUCGGGUCCCUUUCAACUCUCCACCCCUUCCUUAGUUCCGUGCCCACCCUCUAUCCCACCAAGUCCCCAGGUCUCUCCACUGGCCUGCAGCCUCCUGUCUCUUCCAUCUGCGGUGACCCCUUCCUUGGGGGCCCGCCAUCUCCCCGCGUGCCACCUCCCUGCCUGCGGGACCUCCUAGGCAGUUGGGGCUCACCAGGUCGAGUCCUAGAGACUCUGGGCUUCCGCAGCAGCGACGUCAGGGCCCAAGACACCUGCCCGGGGAAACGCAGCGGCUGGGCGGGGGCUUGCAGCACCUCUGACACCCGAGGAAGAGAGGGAGGAGAGAGAGAGAGUGCGUUUCAUCAUCGCCGCCACUUAUAAAAACUUCUGAGAGUUCACUCUCUUGCUCAGUUGCCGCGUCGCGCUCCCCAUUGCCUGGCUACCACCGCCGCAGCUCGAAGGUCCCAAGUCCCGCAGAACCUGUCCCCGGCCUGUCGCCACCGCCUGGGCCCGGCCAGGGGACUUUGCCUCCGUCACGAUGGGGCUCCUGCCCAAACUCGGAGCACGCCAGGGCAGCGGCACCUCCUCUGUCCCAGCCAGACGCUGCUCCCGCUCGGUCUUCAGCAACAUUAAGAUGUGUCCUGGGUGCCAGGAGUGCUGUAGGGUCCGGAACACUCAGGGUGGCUGUAAUUGCAGUCUGGGCUCAGCUCCCUGAAGGAACCAUGAAGAACUACAGUUCAAGGGACAUCUUUUGACCCUAGACUGGUGUUCGUGCUGUGCCAUGGCCUCCUCCAGCUCUGUCAGCUGCUCUACAGCGCCUACUUCAAGAGCAGCCUCACCACCAUUGAGAAGCGCUUUGGGCUCUCCAGUUCUUCCUCGGGUCUCAUUUCCAGCUUGAACGAGAUCAGCAAUGCCGUCCUCAUCAUCUUUGUCAGCUACUUUGGCAGCCGGGUGAACCGCCCACGGAUGAUCGGCAUAGGGGGUCUCCUCCUGGCAGCAGGUGCCUUUGUCCUCACCCUCCCACACUUCCUGUCGGAGCCCUAUCAGUACACCUCCAUCACCACAGGAAACAGCAGCCGCCUUCAGGCCGACCUUUGUCAGAAGCAUUUGCCGGACCUGCCCCCCAGCAAGUGCCAUAACACCGUGCCAGACACGCAAAAGGAGACCAGCAGCAUGUGGAGCCUGAUGGUUAUUGCUCAGCUGUUGGCCGGCAUUGGGACAGUGCCCAUUCAGCCGUUUGGGAUCUCCUAUGUGGAUGACUUUGCAGAGCCUACCAACUCACCUCUGUAUAUCUCCAUCUUAUUUGCUAUUGCUGUGUUUGGACCAGCUUUUGGGUACCUGCUGGGCUCAGUCAUGCUCAGGAUCUUCGUGGACUACGGCAGGGUGGACACUGCUGCUGUGAACUUGAGCCCAGGUGACCCCCGAUGGAUCGGAGCCUGGUGGCUGGGCCUGCUCCUUUCUUCAGGCUUCUUAGUUGUUACUUCUUUGCCCUUUUUCUUCUUCCCUCGAGCAAUGCCCAGAGGAGCAGAGAGGUCUGCUAUCGCAGAUGAAACUAUGAAGAUGGAGGAGGACCAGUCAAGAGGCUCCCUGAUGGAUUUCAUUAAACGGUUCCCCCGCAUCUUCCUGAGGCUGCUGAUGAACCCCCUCUUCAUUCUGGUGGUCCUGGCUCAGUGUACCUUCUCCUCUGUCAUCGCUGGCCUCUCUACGUUCCUCAACAAGUUCCUGGAGAAGCAGUAUGGGGCCUCAGCCGCCUAUGCCAACUUCCUCAUCGGUGCUGUGAACCUUCCUGCUGCGGCCUUGGGGAUGCUGUUUGGAGGUAUCCUCAUGAAACGCUUCGUUUUCUCCCUGCAAACCAUUCCCCGAGUGGCUGCUGCUAUCAUGACCAUCUCAAUGAUCCUCUGUGCCCCUCUCUUCUUCAUGGGAUGUUCCACACCAGCUGUGGCUGAGGUCUACCCCCUCAGCACAUCAAGUUCUAUACAUCCGCAGCCUCCUGCCUGCCGCAGGGAUUGCUCGUGCCCAGAUUCCAUCUUCCACCCAGUCUGUGGAGACAAUGGAGUAGAGUACCUCUCCCCUUGCCACGCUGGCUGCAGCAGCCUCAACGUGACAUCAGCAGCUUCCAAGCAACCGAGCUAUUUGAACUGCAGCUGUGUGACUGGAGGGUCUGCGUCAGCAAAGACAGGAUCCUGCCCCGUGUCCUGUGCACACUUCCUGCUCCCGUCCAUCUUCCUCAUCUCCUUUGUGGCGCUCAUCGCCUGCGUUUCCCACAACCCGCUCUACAUGAUGGUUCUUCGCGUGGUAAACCAGGAUGAAAAGUCAUUUGCCAUUGGGGUCCAGUUCUUGUUGAUGCGGUUGCUGGCCUGGCUGCCAUCUCCGGCCCUGUAUGGUCUCAUCAUCGACUCCUCCUGUAUCCGGUGGAACUACUUGUGCUCAGGGAGACGAGGAGCCUGCUCAUAUUAUGACAACGAUGCUCUCCGAAACAGGUACCUGGGCCUGCAGGUGGCCUACAAGGCCCUGGGCACACUGCUACUCUUCUUCAUCAGCUGGAGGGUGAAGAAGAACAGGGAAUACAGCCUGCAAGAGAACGCCUCGGGCCUCAUCUGACCCUCAGUCAUGGAUACCCCCAUUUCAGAGACUGGGUCCUACCCCUCCACACUUGCCUGUAUUAACUGAUGUUAACAUGCCUUUUCCUUUUCUUUCUUCCUUCCUCCCUUUCUUCCUCCUUACCUCCUCUCUCCCUCCUUUUCUUCCUCCCUUUAUUAUUAAGACAGUCCCAUUCCUCCUUUGUCUCAGCUGCCUCACCUUCCUAAAGUCUACUCCAUGGUUCUUGAGGCCUUGUGUACUGAACUGAAUGAGCACUGAGCUGGAGGGUCCAGUUUCCCAGACUCCUUGGAAGGGGUCCCCACAUCGGCAGGCUCUCCUCAGCGCCGGGUCCUCCCACAAGGCGCCCAUGAGGCAGCCCCUGCUCUCACCAGCCUCUCAGGAAUACUUAAGAAGAGUGAGAAUAGGGGUCUGUGUCUUCCGGGCCAGGCCAGCCAUCUCUCCUCUGACUCCACCCUGCCUGGAGCCCGAGGGAAAGGAAGAGGAGGAGGAGGUUGAUUUCUUAACAAGGAACUGGUUGCAGUCAGUCCCUUUCCACCUGGAUUCAGUCUAGGGUGAAACCCACCAGGGGCUGACUCCCUUAAUUUCCUCACUUUCUGCCCUUGAGGCUGAUUUGAAAGCCACCAUUUUAGGAAGUGCAGACCUCUCUCUGCAACCUACACCCUGGUAUCAGAGCAGGAACUAAGAAACCAGAGGCCAGGUCAUUCAAACACUGUUCGUAGGAACCUGAGGCCUCUCUACUCUCUGCCUUUCUGGGGUUCCAUUUCAAACUGAGAAAGCCACAAGAAGACAACCUAGGGAGGGCCCAGUGUCCCACCCUCACAGUGGAGACCAGACCCUUCACAUUCAGAGACACGAGAGGCCCUCCCCAUCCUUCCCUGGAAUCAGAAGAGUAGCCUUACAUGGAAUCCACUGCCUGGACUUCAGCCCGUGUGCAGAGGAGUAAAGGGAGGCCAUCUGAGAUGCAGCCAGAGCAAGCAAUGGAGCAGAGUGGAUGUCACCUGUCACGGUGCUUGAUGGCAAGCUGCAGCCCACAAAGAGAGCAGCCAGGUUGGCUUGCUUGCAAACACGUCGUGUUCAUUGACAUUUUCUCCACUUCUUCUCACUACCUCUGGGUGGAGGUGGUCACCUUCUGUGGGCCUGGGCUGGAGGCCACUACUGCUAUGCAACAGAGGGGCAAAGGCAGAAGCCGAGGAAGGAAGGGUUUUACCAACGACUCUGUAUAUUGGCUGAGACCGUGCUUGGCAGUGAUACUACAGAGAGCGCCCCUGUCAAUCUUACCGCCAUUCAUACUAGAAAGCGGUAGGUGAGCAUCAGGGGCACACUCUCAUGCUUGCCAAACAUAUCGCGUGCCCACAGAUUGGCAAAGAAGAUCCUGACAUGGCCAUUCAUGCCAAUGAGAGCUCACAGACUGACUGUGCACCUGACCCUGAGUGAGAACGGAGAGCUGCCUCACCAUGUCCCUGAAGCAGCUAGGCAAUUGUCACUGCCCUGUGUGACAUGUAAGUGCCUUCCAGAAAUGCCUUAUAUGGAGAGAAGUCAAAAGGUUUAUGUCGGUGCGGCCCAGCUGCUAUGACACUGAAGUCUUUGUGGAAGCCAUCAUUACUGACAGUGUGCUUUCUGAAGCCACCAGGAUUAUUUCCACACAUCUUGCUUAGGAGGAGGCUGCACACGACCUCACGGGCCAGUUUCAGCAUGUGCAAAGGUUCUGCUUGGAACCUGAUCCUCUGCAACUAACCCUGGGCUUGCUCACUGCAGUUUAACCGGAUUCUGAAGGCAUAGCCUCCAGUCAACUUCAUGAACGAUGAAUGCCAAUCUUUAAGCUUCUGGAAGAUUGGUUGUCUCUACAAGCCUUUAUUCUAUUGUAUUGCUAUUAAUAUAUUAUAAUUUGUCAUAGGUGUAA